AAAAUGUGCCAAAAUGGCGGUCCCUGCAACCGCGCCGUAAAGUUAGCUGCCCUGCACUGAUGAAGGAAAAAGUGUUUUGGGAGGAAGAUACGUCACCGCUGAUUCCGAUUCUGGUCGUCCCGUUUCAUCUUGGAGCUGUGUAUGUAUUCUAAGGAAGAGAAUACGUUGCGGAAAUCACAAAAUUUUGAAGAACAUGGGUCGGAAAUCUCCCCUACAGCCACUGCCUGCAAAAUUUCGCCCGGCUUGAGAGGGAGAUCUCUGAGUCAGAAGCGUGUGCGGGACUGCUCAAAAUGGCAUCUGGCAACCAUGAUGCAGUGGAACCCGCAAGCAAUGCCACAUGCUAUAUCCUCGCAGCGUUAUUCCUGGCAGUUCUUCUACCCCAUCUUGUGGCACUGGUGAGUGGCACAUCAACUGUGAGCGACCCCGCAGCGGCACUCACUCCCCCUACACCCACUUCUCGGACCCCAAAGUGUGACAGAAUGUUCAUCAGCAACCCGGACGGGCCCAAGAAUGGAACCUUCAGCGCUCCUGAGCUGACUAUACCGAAAAACCACUCACGACAGUGCAUCUACACUUUUAUUGCCAGCGAGAACGAAAGGGUUCAAGUCACAUUCAUGUCCUUCAAUCUGCGGGGAGCCAUCCCAGAGUGUAAUCAUGAAUAUAUUGAUCUGUACACGGAGAUCGAGGAUGCCAGCAUGGAGCUGAUCCGCACACCUUUCGGAGGUCGCUACUGCGGCAGGAAUCGACCACGUAAUAGAAUAUCCAUGUUCCAGACACUUGUGAUUGCUUUCUACACGGACGAGACACACGUCUCAGCAGACGCCUUCGAAGGGUACUACGAAUUCAUCAACGCCUCUCAGUACGUGGUCGGCACUCCUUCCCCAGACUCGGUGUGCAGUUUCACUGUAUUCAGCGACAACCAGAGGGAGGGAGAAUUCCGUUCACCCACCUACCCUGGGGUGUACCCGAAAAACUUGCACUGCCAGUACCGAUUUCUGGGCAGGAAAGGACAACGGGUCAGACUGGAGUUCAUGGACUUUGAUCUUGUCUUCGGUGGUGCACACUGCCCGUUUGAUUUUGUGAAAGUAUUCGAUGGCGCGACAUCGGAUGAUCCUCUGAUCGGCACUCAUUGCGGACAGCAGAGAAACCUCGUUAUCUACUCCUCGGCGGAGAAUGUCUCCGUCCAGUUCAUCACUCUCCAAAGGACAGCAGAAAGCGAAAACAGGGGAUUCUCGGGAUUUUUUGAAUUCAGUGAGCGAUUUGUCAGUCUUGAUUUUAUCGGCAAAAAUGAUGGAGAACAUAUUCGUGGUACAGAAUGUGACCAAAAGAUUCUGAGCAAAAAAGAAUCGUCAGGGAAUGUUUAUUCUCCGAAUUAUCCCUUUCCCUAUCACCAGAAUACAGUCUGCAAAUAUUAUAUUUACGGUUUGCAAGACAACCAGGACUUAGAAAGGGUGAGAAUGAUAUUCGAGAAAUUUGAAAUACCCAGCAAAGAUGCCGAGUGUUCCGAUGGGGGAUUUUUAAAAAUCUAUCUUCAGGGUCAAGAGGAGAGACAGGCACUAGACGAGUUUGAUCUCAGCCUCUGUGGGGUCACAGUUCCACCACCAGUUCUGUCAGACGGCCCUCGGUUGGCCAUGAUUUUCAGUAGUGGAGCUACCACGGGAAAAGGUUUCAAGGCUCGAUACGUUUUCGAAACAGACUAUAAAGUUCCUGGUACGCCUUCUCCUGAUGGUACUUGUCACUUCACCUAUAUGAGCACGAUUUCUCCUCGUGGUGAGUUUAAUUCGCCUCGCUACCCGGCCAACUACCCAUCAAAUACCACAUGCCAAUACAUCUUCCAAGGUGAGCCCGGGAUGCAGAUCAAAAUAGUCUUUAAUUACUUCAAAACCAAAACGAAGCAUGAUCCAGCCAGUACAGGCUACAAUGAAGUUUGCACGGAAGACUGGUUGGAGAUCUAUGAAGUCCAUCCGAGUGGACGGGAAAACAAAGUGGGGCGUUAUUGUUCUAAGUCCACCCCUGGCCCAAUCGUCUCUGAUAAGGGAGUGCACACUAUGAAAGUUGUCCUACACACAGAUGCAGAAGGAGUAGCUAGUGGUUUUACAGCGACUUACAAUUUCAUCAGCCCUACUCAAAAAUUCGAAGAAUGUGGAUUCAACAUCAGCGGGAAGACAGCUGGGGUGAUCACCAGUCCAGGUUUCCCUGAGAAGUACAAGGACAGACGUCAAGUAUGCCACUGGUACAUAAGUGUGAAACCCAAUUCAAAGCUACUACUCCUGUUUACUUUCUUUAGACUGGAAGGAGAUCCGCUAG